UCCGGUGUGAGCUGCAGGAGCGAGGGAGGCGCCGGGGAUGGCGGAGGCCGCGAGACCCCCGCGCAGGGAGCGCCCCAAGCCCGGCAGGGGCAAGGCCAAGGAAAAAAAGAAAAAAUGCAGUGACGAGCCCCAGAAGCAGGACUUGGACAAGGUCUUCCUCCCCAACAAAGCUAGAGAUCAAGAGGUGACUUCCCGAGCUAGCGAGGUGCAGGUGGAACAUCCUGAAGUGUUUGCAGAGAUUCAGCUCAGUGAUGAAGUAGAGGAUGGAAAAAAUGUGAAUGAUAUGUAUGAUAUCCCCUUGACUUCUUUAACCUUAGCAGAUGAAGGAUCCCGAUCAGCUACCCUAGAACCUCUAACACAAGGAGAAGAAUUCAGAGCUAGUCUCUUGCAUGAGAAAUGCCGGGAGAGGUCUGAAGAAGAUGGUAGAAAUAAAUUGGAGAAACCCCAGAGCCUUAUGGAAGCACUUGCUAAUCAAUCAGAAAACUCUGGCAUAGCAGAAAGUACCUUUAAAUGCAGUGCUGCUUGCACUCAGUCACUAAUGGGAAUUGUACGGGACAAAGGAACUGAGAAGGUACAAGAGGCUACAAAUCCUGCUCUUUCUUUGGAGGCACAAUCUGUGCUGUCACAGCUCUCUAAUGAAGCCGAAGAGCGUGCUCAACCCUCUGGGUUGAAAACGUUGUAUCCCGAUUUAUCAGCUGAAUUGUCCCAAGAGAGACUAACCACACUCGCGGUAAAACCACUGUUACGUAACGAGAGGCUGUAUCCAGAGAUUCCCUCUGAGCCAGAACUAGUGCCAUUUACCAAAGAGCAGCUGAAAAUCUUUGAGCCGUGUUCGUGGCUGGAGAAUGUUGAUUCCUACAUGGAGGAGUUUGAGCACAUUGCUCAUCAGGAUAGACAUGAGUUUCAUGAAUUGCUCCUGAACUAUUGGCGCUGUAGGAAGCAGCUCUUGCUGGCUGAGGCGGAGCUACAGGCCAUGACAUCAGAUUGCCAAAGUGCCAAGGACAGGUUGUGGACUUUUAAGGAGGAACAGCAGUCUGUCAAGGGUAUCUGUGCAGAUCAGUGCCAAGUGUCUGAAUACCAUCGCUACCAGACAGUAGAGAUGAAUGAAAGUGUGUUGGGGGAACUAAAGAGGUUGUUUGAAGCCAAAACGGAGCACGUGCAUCAGACGUUGGUGCUGCACUCGUACACUUCAAUGUUGUCCCGCUUGCAGGUGGAGUCUUAUAUCUAUGGGUUGCUUAAUAGCUCAUCCCUGCUGAGAUCUGUGGCUGUUCAACAACAAGAGCAAGCUUCUAAGCAGUCAGAAAACCUUUCCUCGGACUUGGGUCACCUGAAAGAAUGUGUCAGCAUUCUUUUCGGUUUCACGCGCAGAGUUAUUGAAGAUCCUCAGUUCCAGAGUGACCUCCUCCUUUGGCUGCAAAGGCUGGUGUCAGUCUUGCAAAGAGUUGGCUGUCCAGGAGACCACCUCUUCCUCUUAAACCACAUCCUCCGUUGCCCAGCAGGUGUCAGCGGAUGGGCUGCUUCGUUCAUUCAGAUCAAAGUCUUGGAUAACCCAUCAGGAGUCUUUCAUUUUAUGCAGUCUCUUGCCUUGCUUAUGUCUCCCAUCAAAAAUCGAGCAGACUUUAUGUGCCACAUGACACCAAGUGAAAGAAAAUCCUCCACCUCCUCUGGGAAAGAAUCUGGGAACUGGACAUUAGUAGAUGAGGGAGGAGAAGAGGAUGAAGAUCCCGAAACUAGCUGGAUUCUCCUUUUGGAAGAUGACUUGAUUGUCCUCCUGUCACAGUUUCCAUUUCAUGAACUGUUUCAGCAUUUUCUUGGGUUUAACUCUAAAGGUGAUUAUUUCCCUGAAAAAACAACCCCUCAGGAGAUGAUGAAGAUUUUUGCCUUUGCCAACUCCUUAGUGGAGCUGCUAGCUGUGGGGCUGGAAACAUUUAAUAGAGCACGCUACCGGCAGUUUGUGAAACGAAUUGGUCAUCUGAUCAGGAUGACAGUUUGUUACGUGAGUGACCACUGGGCCCAGUACGUUAGCUGCAAUAAAGAGUAUGGAUCAAUAAUGCACCCCUAUUCUGUGGAGAAACUGCAAGUGGAAUUCGAUGAACUGUUUCUUCGGGCUGUUCUACAUGUGCUGAAGGCAAAAAGGCUGGGUGUCUGGCAGUUCAUGUCUGAGAUGCCUUAUGGAACGAUAUCGAGUGGCAUGCUUUGGAAGCUCUUCUUCAUCAUGCAUUGUGCAGAAAAUGAGCACCUGGAAAAUCUCUGCUCCACCAUGCAGCCUGCCGACUGCAAGCACAAACUCAGAGACCCAGAACACAUUGAAAACUUUGAGAAGAAUCUUACGUCCAUGAACUGCUCGGAAGAAAUUUGUCUGCUCACCACGUUUGCUCAGAUGGCACAAGCCAAGCGGGCUGAUGUAGAUGAGGACUUUAUCAGAGUCAUUGUACUGGAGAUAUAUGAGGUAUCUUAUGUCAGCAUUUCCACAAGAGAGACAUUUUCAAAGGUUGGCAGAGAACUCUUGGGAGCAAUCACAGGUGUCCAUACUGGGAUCAUUUCUGUGCUCCUGGAUCGAGUUAGAGACACCAUUGAAAAAGUCGGGAUGGUUUCCUUAUACUUGUUUAAAGAGCUGCCAUUGUACCUUUGGGAGCCCUCUUCCUCGGAGAUAGCGCUGAUCCGUGACUGGCUAUUGAAUUACAAUCUGAACACAGUGGAGAAUAAACUAGCCUGCAUUAUCCUGGAAGGGCUAAACUGGGGAUUUGGUGAGCAUGACACUACUACUCUUCACCUCGAUCCAGCUGUCCAUGCUGAAGUUGCAUUAAUGAUCCUAGAAGCUUACCAGAAAUACCUCCCUCAAAAACCGUAUGGUGGACUGCUUUCUGAGAGCAUCAAACAGGUCUCCUACUUGGCUAGUGUUGUUCGUUAUGGAGAGACACCCGAGACCUCCUUUAAUCAGUGGGCGUGGGGCUUGAUUUUGAGGUUAAAGCUGCACAGAAAUGAUCAUGGUGUGCAGCAGCGUUGGCCUGCAGUUCCUGCUUUCAGCACUAUGCUAGACAUGACAGAAUCAGUCAUGCUUCAUCCACUACUGAAGGCUGUCAAAUCCGGCAUCCCUAUUGGCUGUUACCUUGCAUUGGCAAUGACUACACUGGGUCAUAGCAUUGAAAAGUUCUGUGCUGAAGGAAUCCCUCUGCUGGGCAUACUGGUGCAGUCUAGGUAUCUGAGAACAGUAGUCCAUGUACUGGAUAAAGUUUUACCCUUGUUCUAUCCCUGCCAGUAUUACCUUCUGAAGAAUGAACAGUUUUUAUCUUACAUCCAGCUGUUCCUUCACCUGGAUAGUGGAGUUCCACAAGGCAUGACUCAGCAGGUUACGCACAAAGUGACGCAACACUUGACAGGAGCAAGCUAUGGAGAAAAUGUUGAGCUUCUCAACAGCGUGAUCCAGACCCACAUUUUUGUAAGCCGUCAGCCUGAUGGAGUGUGGCCAGCUGCAGUGCUGGAGUUCUGGGCGCAAGUUCUCACUGCUCAACAGCUGUGGCACAGAGAGAGAGCAACGCUCUACCUGCUGGAUCAUCUGUGCAAAGCAGCUUUUCAGUACAGUCAAGAGGACGGUGUGCAAAAACUGCUCUACCAACAGCAUAAGAAUGCCUUAGGUUAUCACUGUGACAAAGGUCUGCUCUCUUCACUGGUCAGCUGGAUUGUGGCAGGAAAUGUGACCCCUUCUUUCAUCGAGGGCAAUGCGAAUUCCACGCAGGUUUGGUUUUCAUGGAUGGUUCUGAAUAUGGAGUCCAUAUUUGAAGAAGAUUCCCAACUUCGCAGAGUUGUGGAGGGUGAAUUGGUCAUCAACGCUUUAACUCCUGAUCAGGCUCUGAAGAAAGCCCAGGCCCAGCUGAAGCUGCCUAUUGUACCUUCUCUCCAGAGACUAAUGAUCUACCGUUGGGCUCAUCAGGCCCUUGUUACCCCUGCAGAUCACCCCCUUCUGCCCCUCAUCUGGCAAAAAUUUUUCCUCCUUUACCUUCACCGACCAGGGCCACAGUAUGGGUUACCUGUAGAUGGCUGUAUUGGAAGAAGAUUUUUCCAGAGUCCAGCUCAGGUUAACCUAUUAAGUGCAAUGAAGCAGCGCUUGACAGAGGUGGCAGACUUCCACCAUGCAGCUAGUAAAGCGCUUAGAGUAGAGAGUGCUGCAGAUGGCAGUGAAGGCUUGUCACAAAAGGGAAACUGCUCACCAGAUUACCUGACUUCACCAGAACUGCAUAAAGAACUUGUCAGGCUUUUUAAUGUGUUUGUUCUGUGGCUGGAGGAAGAGAGCUUUCAGAAAGGAGAUGCAUACAUUCCGUCGUUACCAAAGCAAUAUGAUGUGUACAGACUUGCUAAGAUCAUGCAAAAUCAGCAGGAUUUGUGGAUGGAAUAUGUCAAUAUUGAACGCAUACAGCAUGAAUUUCAGGAAGCUGUAAAUCUUUGGCUCCAAGUCAAACUUGAAUCCCAUGCAACCACUAGCACUUUAUCAGUGCAGACAGAUUUCACUAACCCUUUGUCAGCCAAGGAGAGAAUACUGAGUAAUUUGAAGAAGUAUGAUGCACCCAAACCCCCUCUUCCCCUUCAACCAGUGAAACCUCCUGUGCCUGUUGUUUCUUCUGCCAGUCUAGUAAGUCAGAAGGAAGCAACACAGCUUGUGCGCAUGGACCUUAAAAACUUGCAGCAACAUGCCAAAACUGCGGCUCGCCGGGAGACCCAGCAGGUUGCUCUUGACAGUGAAAUAUUGGACACCAUACCCAAACUCUAUAUCAACAGGGAAGAACAGAUUACCCGUGAGCUGAAGUGUCCGGGUACUUCAAAUAAAAGCUGUCAGGGAGCAGCUCUUGUGACAGUCCAGUUUGAAGGGAAGCAUAAAAAUGAAUCAGUAAGCCAGCAGCUUCACGCUCUGCGUAAAGAAGUAAAACUGCUACAAGCAGAAGCCACAAAGCCGCCUUUUCUGAGCAUUGUGGAAGCAGCUGUGCAUGUGGAAAACUUGAUAACAGCGUUAAUAAAUAUCUACAAGAGGCAGCCUACGUCUAGAAUUCAGAAAGUUGGAAUUAGCUUGUUCUUUGCAGUAAUAGAUUUUGUGUGCGAUGAAACUCAACGCCAUCCACCCACAAGACAGUUCUUUACCUCCUGCAUCGAGAUCCUCGGCCAAGUAUUUAUCAGCGGGACCAAAUCUGAAUGCAAAUUAGUCCUCCAAACCAUCCUACGGAAUCGAAGACUCUGUAAUCUGCUCUCUCCCUACUUCACUCCAGUUGCCUCACCUGAUGAAUUUGUCAAUUUGUAUGAAAAAGUUGUGGCGUUUCUGAGUGAUGACAACAGUGAUGUUGUUUUCACGUUGCUGACGAAGUUUGACCUCCCACAAUGGCUAAACCUCACUAAGCCGCCUCUCUCUCACCGUACCCGGCUUCUGGAGUCCAUUCACUUGGCACUCAGCGCCUGUGGACUUGAGCCUGAAGAAGACAUUUUGAUGCCAUUUAAUAUUUUCUGCAAGCACUGGACAGAUCUCCUUCAGUACCAGUUCCCUGACCAUUACAGUGACUUUCUAAGACUGCUCAUGCAAAGUUCUUCAGAGCAGCUCCUUAGCCCUGACUGUUGGAAGGCAUUGCUUAGAACUUUGGGUUGCUGUACCUCAGAAACUGAACGAAGGAGCAAGGGUGACUCCACUAAAAGUCCAGUACUGCGAAACGCAGCAAAAAUCCUUCUGUCUGCAGAACAGGUUACAGAGACGAUAGAAUGGCUUUGCAAGUCUUUCUGCAAGCUACGGUUAGCUUCACUGGAUUUCAGGAGCUUUGGCCUGUUUUCAAAGUGGAGUCCCUACAUGACUGAAGUGAAGACAUUGCUGGAGUACCUCGUGAAACGGCUUAUUGGUUCUGAGGUGGUCAGUAUAGCACAAGAACCAGUUGGCAGCAGCAGAAUUCUAGCAGUGGUACGGUCCUUGCAUUCAACCAUCAUUGAGCUCUUUAAACCAUGGAUUCUGGUUUUAAAUAAAGAUUAUGUCAGUAAACAGCAGUGCUACCCCUGGUUGGAGAGUGACACUCCUCUAGCCUCAAGUAUGGUACAGUUGUUCACAGAUUGCAUAUUGGUUUUACACCAAAGCUUUAAAGAUAAGUUGUUGCCAGGCCACCGUGGGGCUCUCUGGUUACAUCUGAUGCAUUAUUGUGACUCAUGCACAGCCCCCAAAAUGCCAGACUUCAUUCUCUAUACUUUCCAUGCUGAAUUCAGCAGACUUCCAUGGAGAGAGAUGCACCCAGAUCAGAUGCUCAUGGAAGAAUUCUUUAAAGUUGAAAGAGGCAGCCCAAAGAGUUGUUUCAUUUUCUUGGGUUCUAUUUUAUGUGACGUAAACUGGGUCAGCGUCCUGUCUGAUGCCUGGAAUCCCAAGCCCGUUCCUGAAACGCACAGCAUGAUCGUCUGCUUGCUCUAUAUGGUGGUUCUGUUGGCAAAGGAGGAGCAGCUUAUAAGCAAAGAGGAAUCGCCACUGAUUAACCUCCUUGGACAGACCAGCUCUCUUCCAUGGCAACUUGUGCGCAUUGAAUCUUAUCAAAGCAUCAUCAGCUACUUUAACAGCCACUAUCCUCCUUCCAUCAUACUAGCCAAGGAUUCUGCAGCUGAACUGAUAGUGAAACUCUUAAAAGUUUCUGCAGGCUUUGGUGCUUCUUCUGAUAGCCAUGUGCAUUUUGAUGCAACACUAAAAUGCCAAGCAUACAUUCACCAGGUGGUUCAGUUUCUCAGCACCUUGGAACAAAAUGGAAAAAUAACCCUUUCGGUAUUGGAACAAGAAAUGUCAAAGCUCUUAGACGAUAUUGUCAUCUUUAACCCUCCAGACAUGGACAUGCAAGCUCGUCAUAUGGCUCUCAGUAGUCUCUUUUCAGAAGCACUGAUGAUGAUGAAUAAUGCCAGCAUCACAACAGCAGAGUCACUACGGGGUAGUUUACAAACCUGGAUCACCACCAAAGUGCAUGGCCUGCUAGUGAUGCCCCUGCUAACAGCAGCAUGCCAGAGCCUGGCCUCGGUCAGACAUAUGGCAGAGACUACGGAAGCUUGUAUUACAGCUUAUUUCAAUGAAGAAUUUCCUCUGAACCAGGAUUUAGGCUGGGGCCCUAUACUUGCCUCCCUUCAAGUUCCUGAACUCACAAUGGAAGAAUUUCUGCAGGAAUGUUUAUCCUUGGGAAGCUACCUGACCCUUUAUGUCUACAUGCUGCAGCGUUUAAACACUGAGCAGACUCUGACCAAUGAAAUGAAAAUGCUGCUAACUCUUGGCAAAUGGCUAGAGCAAGUGUAUCCAAGCUCAGUGAAGGAAGAGGCAAAGCUGUUUCUUUGGUGGCAUAAAGCCCUGCAGUUAUCCCUACUCCAAACGGAACAGAAUGACGCCGUCCUGAUUGAAUCAGUCAUCCGGAUAUUGCUCUCAAUACAGGGCAGGCAGAAUCAGCUGGCUGAGGAGAGACUGAUGUCCGGAAUAUUGGGUGUUAUUGGUCUAGGCAAGAAAUCUCCUUUGUCACCCAGGUUCCGUGUGGUUGCCCGCAGUAUGUCAGCCUUCCUGUUGGUGCAGAUUCCUCAGGAGAAUCAAAUCCGUUUGAAGCUUGGUUCAGAAUUGCAGCUCUCACAGAAAGCCCAGCAGGCACUGAAUACCCUUGAAUCUAUGGCAUCAAACAAACAAUAUAUGGAAUAUCAGGAACAGCUCUCCCAAGCGUCCCAGUUUAUCAAGCACCCAGAUCAUUGUCUUCAAGAUGGAAAUAAUCUCUUGGCUCUCCUUGUGAACACUCUGUACCCAGAAGUGCAUUACUUGGACGUUAUACGAUAGCAAGCACUGAGAUCACCAGAAACCUUUUUACAGUCUUGGCUUUCUCCAGUUUACAUUCAAAGUUGUUACUGCACAAGUAAUUUUCAUUGGAGAAUCGUACUUUAUAUCAAAAUGAAUCAAAGGGGGAGCAUGGGUGGGAAAUGUCCACGGGCAUGUUUUUAAUUCUCUUGGGUAUUUUGUUUACGUUCUUAACGUACUGCUUUAAAUGGAGUCACUCAAUUUCUGUCUGGUGAAAACACUUGAAUGGCUUCCUGUGUAUAGUACAAUCUAAAAGGGUAAUUGAGACUAGAUGUGUGAAUCCUUUGAGAGAAUGUUGCUUGUCCUUGUCUUAUAUACAGCAGUUGGUUUUUUUGCUUUGUGCCUUUUUCUUCUUCUGAGACUUCAUUGCUUGGGCCAAUCCAAACGUCAGGAUUGUGUGGAAGCAGAGUUUUGGACCAUUGUUUAACCAUGGCACCUCUAAAAGUUAUCUACCUACCUAUUCUGAAACUUGGAAACUCACUAUACCCAUGAAGAUAGUGUCUCUUUAAAAAGUGAACUUCUCUGUGAUCGCGCAGCUCUCUGCGGUGGAAUGUGACAUUUUACAUCUUUUUCCACCCCUGUAAGCAGUAGCUGACAUUUUAACUAAGCACUUGAGGUUUUUCCCAACUUCCAGAUGUGACUGAAUCCGGUUCCAUAUCAUUUGCUAGAAUGAACCACUCAUGUCCAUGUUGCUUCUAUUAUAAAGACAGAUAAAGUCAAGAACUGAGUUUCUAGAUGUAGCAGGGAAAGUAGCCAUUGGUAUUCAUGUUAGCUCUCCAAUUCCUCAGUGCUGCUGAAAGAGACUGGUUAUUUUAUGGCUGAAUUGACCAGCAGGGAGACUGCGGUGGCUUUCCUUCCUCACUAGUUGGCCAUCUUGAUAUCGGAGAUGACACUGUGUUUAAUUUGGUGAUUUCUUCUUAAAAUUCUGUUACCAAGGUGUGAAUCGUGGGCCUGUACAUUUGUCAGUUUAAUUAUCCUAAUCUUUGUUGCCUUGCGCAUUAAUGAAAGGAACAUCUCAUAAGAAAGCAGAGAACAGGUCUUUCCAGCUGUGUUUAUAUGGCUCUGUGGCCAUUUUAUUUGCCUCCAUAGGAUCUGAUGUGUUCCAAAUGGCCUUAAAGUUCCGUUGCCGUGGGCUGUGAAUACCUCAGGAUUUUUGCAAAGGAACCAUGAUAUCUUUUUCCCAUCUAAUUACUCAGUGCCUUUCUGUUUAGGACACGCUUGCAUUUUAAAGCACUUAGCUCUUCAUUUUAAAACACUUAGCUCUGGUCACCACUAAAGGAAAAGUGCUACCUACAACCUCUUCCAUAACCAAUCAUCAGCACAUUCACCAUUUUUGCACUUACAUAUAGUUUUAGUGUUAGAGAACUACCCAGUUACUGAGUGACUCACUUGUUUUGUAAUUUCCCUUUCUCUUCUUGCCAAAUUAUGCAAACCACGUCAGUUUGGACUUCAGACAGCACCCAUUCUCCAAUUGGGCUUGCAGUUUUGUUCUCUAUGUACCAGCCCGUACUUCGUUUUGUGCAUCAGCCAACCAUCAGUACCGCAUGUUUUGAACAGGCCCUUUUGGGAACUUGGCAACUGGAAAAAUAAAUUCUGCUGCUUUUGUCGUUUAGACUUAAGACACUGGUUUUAGCACUUUUAUUAGACGUAAUGUUAUGCCUCAGUUGUGUAAAAAAUGUGAAAACACAGGACUUUUAUGUAUAUAUUGGACAUGCAGGUUUUAAAAGAAAAGCCAUUGUGUCAGCCCUUGAGUUUGUACAGAUGGUGGGUUUAUAAUGUACGAGGCCUGCAAAGACCAUAUGAAAUAAAAAAAAUGAAAAUCAAGUAACUCCUGGUAAAGGUCCCGAUAAUUCCAUUGAGCCACAAGAAGCAGCCGUAUUAUCCCACAGUGUGUAACUUAUUGUUCUUGGGAGAUGAAGGUAUUGUUUGGGUGUUUGAAGUCUUCAAGUUAGGUUAGUUGCCUUUCCUGACUCUGUUCCUUGUAUGCACGUUGUACGACCAUGUUAUAUGAUUGGCAGAAGUCCUAAGAGAGGCCCAGGAGGAGAAUGGCAAGAAUGUUGCUUUUUCUUCAUGGUAAUAUUUAUUACAAUAUUGUAAAUAAAAGCUGUUUACAGUUAAUUUGUGCAGUUUUGAUCCCUAAAGUAUCAAUAUUUGUAGCUUUUGGAAAACUUGAACUGUACGGUGUCCAUUGCAAUAAAGUGAGUGGUCUGCUGGA